AUGAUCGAAAUAAUCGCCUUUGGUGUUUUUCAAACUUACUAUGAGUCGGGUGCACUCUUCAAGCGCUCCUCCUCGGAUAUCUCAUGGAUUGGGGCCAUCCAAGCCACCAUGCUUCUCCUCGUGGGAUUUAUCACUGGACCAAUCUACGACCGAGGUUAUCUGCGCUCUCUCCUGGCACUCGGCAGCUUCGGCAUUGUCUUCGGCAUCAUGAUGCUCAGCAUUUGCAAGACCUACGGUGAAGUCCUCCUCGCUCAAGGAUUCUGUGUAGGAAUUGGCGCAGGAUGUCUUUUUGUCCCAUGUGUCUCCGUUCUGCCUACAUACUUCAGCUCGCGCCUCGGCGCCGCCCUCGGUCUUGCAGUCUCAGGCUCGGCGCUCGGUGGCAUCAUCUACCCUGUUGUCUUAUACAAACUGAUCGAGCCACUUGGCUUUGGAUGGGCUGUCAGAGUCAUGGGUUUUAUCGCGUUUGGCACACUUCUGGUCCCAAUUGCGGUCAUGCGACAGCGUGUUAAACCUCUUCGUGCACGCAGUCUCGUUGAUUGGUCCGCGUUUACCGAUGUGCCGUACAUGGCAUUUGUUGUUACGUCGCUCAUUGCAUUCAUGGGACUCUUUGUGCUCUUUUUCUACAUUUCAUACUACGGCCAAGCUACCCGACUGGCAGAUACAAACAUGAGCUUUUACCUUGUGCCCAUUCUCAAUGCCGGCUCAUUCCUUGGUCGUACUCUCCCUAACGCACUAGCUGACAAGACUGGCCCUUUCAACCUCAUCGCACCAUGCUGCCUUCUUGUUGGUGUCCUCACCCUGUGUCUCAUAGCAGUGAAAAAUGAAGGAGGGCUGGUCGCUCUCGCGGUACUGGGGGGAUUCUUCAGCGGUGCCUUGAUCGGUCUUCCUCCUCUGUGCUUUGUUGCUCUGACAAAGGAUAAAUCAAAGAUUGGCACACGAAUUGGUAUGGGCUUUGGCAUAAUCGGCCUGGGCGUCUUGGCAGGAGGACCUGCUGGUGGAGCCAUCCUUGCCCGUUCUACAGAUUUGAGCUGGAAAGGCCUGUGGGAGUUUGGCGGCACUGCUACCUGCUUGGCGGGGUUGAUGUAUGCUGGCCUGCGCAUCUAUCUUUAUGGAUUCGACAUUGCCGUGAUGGCUUGA